AUGUCAAGUGGGCCGGAUAUGCUGAAGCGGAAAAUUCGUAUGUUCGAGGUUUGUGUCGUGAAGGCAGAAUCUGAGGCCAAUUCAACGCAUAGAUGGGAACCCGGCUCCUUGUUAACCAAUUGUAGCUGGAUGUUGGGGAAAUUCUGGAGGGAUGUGGGUAUGGAUAAUCUUGGUCGACCUGCGGAACUAUUGGGAGGGAUCGAAGUAGUCAGCAGCAACAGCUUUAGAGGUAACGUAUCUUUUCUUCCUCUAGCUCAAUCUAAUGCAUUGACAUACAUACUACUGGCAUUAGAAGAGUGCAAAGCGCGACUUGAUCAAGGACAAGGAUUACAUACUAUCUCGGAGCCAGAGCAAGUGCCCCUGUAUACAGAAACUAUCACGCUCGAUGGACUCGGUGCACAACAUUCAUUCAAUUACCUGAUUCAACUCACAAAUUGA